AUGGCUCUCUCAGAGGUGGAUCCCAUAUUUACCCUGUGGCAGACCCUCCUACCAGCGGUAUGGAAAGGGGAGACCUCGCUCGUCCGAUUUAAAAAAAAUACAACGCUCAGACUUUCCUCGCUCAUCAAGUCCCGGAUCUGUCUCGGGGACUCCGGUUCGGACCAGACCCAUCUGUUCAUCGCUCCCGAACCGCUCCAUGGCUGUGUUGCCCCUGGUGCAGCUGCUCCUGUGAGUUGGGUUUGGGUUCUCUCCUUCCACCCAUUACGCGUUAUUUGCAAAGCCGGAGACUCUCUCCGCCUCUCCUGCAAAGCCUCCGGGUUCGACUUCAGCAGCUACUACAUGGAAUGGUUCCGCCAGGCUCCCGGGAAGGGACUGGAGUGGGCGGCUGAGAUUAGACAUGAUGCAUCCAAGCAGUGGUACUCCUCGCCUGUUGAAGGGCGAGUCACCAUCUCCAGGGACAAUCCCAACAACCUGCUGUAUCUGCAAAUGACCGGCCUGAAGCCCGAGGACGCCGCCCGGUAUCACUGUGCCAGACGCACAUACCUGACCGCAGUCGGGGGAGCUAAUGAUCCAGCCAGUGAGCUGAAUUCCGUGAGCACUAGCUCAACCAUUCCCGACACUGUGAUCAACCCCAAGUGCAGGCCAGCAACCUUUGAUGUCAUUGAACAAACUCUACAGCGUGUUACAACUCAAUGUUGA